ACUGGCAAGAAUACAGGUUUUGCAUCCGUCCUUGUCUUUGUCGUACGCCACAUAUUCAAGAGACCCAACUUUGUCUCCAUCUUCAAGCAAAACAACGCUUGUACUUCAUACGUUGACCAUAGAAAGUCUGUGGAUCAAACAUCUUCAGUGGCCAGUAGUUCUCAUCACCAGCUUCCUUGUUGUGCAGCAAUUUCGUUUAGUUCAUCGCAACCAUGGCUGCAAAACGAUUUGCAGCAUGUUUUCUUAGGCUGGUUUUGAUCUCCCUACUCGUUGCUUAUUCAUUUUCUUUACCACUAAACUGGAGAUCUUUGAAUUUAAUCAAAAAAGUAAACCGCAAAGGACCAUACAUUGGCCUUAUCACAGUGUUUCCACCAGAAGAGACUGCCUUUUUUCAGAUUGGGGCGUUUAAGCCUAAUCAAAAGCAUCCUUCUGUGGAUCUCUCAGGGCGGCGAUUCCUGGUGGGAAAGAUCCAUGACAAGAAAGUAGUCUAUGUAAGAUGUGGAGUUGGGAUGGUGAAUGCUGCUGCAGCAACACAGCAAAUGCUGGAUCUAUUUGAUAUUCUGGGAAUUGUCCAUUUUGGAAUUGCUGGCAAUGCCAACAGUUCCUUGUCUAUUGGUGAUGUUACCAUUCCCCAACAGUUUGCUCACACUGGCAUUUGGGAUUGGCUGAACCCAAAUCGAUCCUUGAAUUACGAUCAAGUCGCAAACUUGGACUUUAAAAGAUACAAUGUACCAAGAGGAGAUAAUCUGUUGGGACACAUUGUAUUUAGUUAUGAACAAUUUUUUGCUGAGUAUGGGAAGGCCAACACUGCUCGGCCGCUGUUUUGGGCAAAUACUACUCGGCAGUGGCUUCAGGUUGCUGCCAACAUGAAGGGGAUCAAACUGAACCAAUGUUUGAAUUCAAGUGUGUGUCUGCCACAGAAGCCGCAGUUAGUUGUUGGUCUUAGGGGCUCGACAGCCAAUAUUUUUGUGGACAAUGCAGCUUACAGGGACUUCCUCUUUCAAACUUUUCAAGUUUCAUCCGUGGACAUGGAAAGUUCAGCUGUGGUAAUGACAAGCUUGUCAAAUGGCUUCCCGGUAAUUGUCAUUCGAGGGCUAUCUGAUCUUGCAGGAGGACAAGCAGGACAUAACUCAAUUGACAUCUUUGGGUCUCUUGCGGCUAUAAACGCUUGCAAAGUUGUUGUACAAUUUAUCAAGCAACUGCAUCUUGAUACCAGGGAACCUGGCUUCCCAAGAUCUAUACACCCCUAAAGCUGAAGAAAAAUAUAAUUGCAUGUGGUGAGAUGUAAGUACUUGUAAGGAGAAAGAACCAUCUUUUGUUAUUUCAAAUGAUUAUAGCAUAAUACAAAAAUAAUGGGUACAU